AAAAGCAUAUGCUUCAUAUCUUGAACAACAUAUGACAAGUGGUACACCGUAUAUUAAAGGUCUUUAUUAUCCAAUCAAUGAACGAAUUAAAGGUAUAAAAAAAGAUGAACUUAUAAAAUUAAUUCGACAAGCAGGGCAACUUAUUCUACAAGGAUUUUCAUUACCAGUACAACCUCGAGAGAAUUUAGCAGCUGAUGGACAAUUAUUUGUUGAAAUGUGUGAAAAAGAUAAAGAAUUUUGUACUUCAGUAACAACAAGAUCACCCCAUAAAAAAUUUAUAUGUUUAGAAUUUUGGGUAGAAGAUUUUGUACAUGAACAUAAUCAAUGGAAAGAUGGCGGUUAUAUUGAUAAUGGCCAAAAUAUUAGUUGUUCUUUUAAUCGUUCAUUAUUGAGACAAUUAAGAGAAAAAUAUGGUAUUAAACAUUAUUUUAAAAACUCUUCGAAACCAUUAAAAAUAUAA